AUCGACAGAACCCUUCAACACCCGCGAACGACUCGAUGGCCACAAUACAGGAGGGAAAUCUUUCCGCCCCUCUGCACGGUAGUCUCUUUGAGGGCACCAAGUUCUGGCUCUCGUUACUAGUUCCCGCUCGCCAAAGCUACAAAAACCUCAUCCAUGUGUGAAUACCGUCCCCACGCAUAUUCCUUGCACCCUUAUAUUAACCAGCCUGCGUUGCGAAAUCUAGGCGAAUGGCGGUGUUGUUGUCACCAGCGAAAAGGAUGCCGAAAUUUGUCUGGUUGACCAUUUAAAAAAAGAGAUGCCACAGAACGAAAAAUUGUUCGUGUCAUCUUAACCGUAGCCCUAAAAAAAUUGGGGAAAAUCGACUAAUGUAAGCGCGUCCUAGAUAUUCUUUCAAAUACAUUGACGCCUGUCUCAAGGAACGCAAGCUUGUCAAUUUGGAAGACCACCGAGUCGUUGCGCAGGAAAAGAGGGUUCCGUCCGGCUCAUUAUCCCAACCAAAGAUUGCAAAGCCCGGAAAAUCUGGGUAGGAUAUUAGAAACCAUUUGUCUGCAUACCCGAUUUUUAACAUUUAUUCCCAGACGGACUCCCUUCACCCAGGAAGAUGACGAUAUCCUCCUCCGAGCCAUCAGUGUGCCAGGCGUCAAGCUGGCCGGCAAUGCCAUAUACUAUAAGUUAGCCGACGAAGUAUGCCCUUGGUUCGAUAUUUAUGCUAGCCUUUUGCCUUGCUCACGCUUCACUCUAGUAUCCACACCAUACCAUGCACAGCUGGCGCGGCCGGUGGGUGGACCACCUCUCUAAAAUCAUGCCCAAUGGACCUGUGCUCCAAGAAUCAUCCGAGCCGAAGCCCGAGCCCGAGUCACCUCCCAUGACUCGAGAAUCGCUGAAAGCAAUCCCUGCCAAAGAGGAGGACGACACCGAUGGUGAUAGCGAGAGCGACAGUGAACUCUUUAGUAGCUUUACCGCUGCUGAUAAGAAAUUGCUGAUGAAUAAGGCGGAGGAGAUCAAUUUAUCGGAUCAACCGAUGAAGAUAUUCAAGUCGCUAAGCCGGGAGGUAUUUUUAUUAACCUUUUCGAUCUAAUACCAUUGCUUAGGCUCGAUAUUGUGAACUAAUGAUUUUUUUCCCUAGCAUCCCACCCAUACCCGGCAGGAGUGGAGCGCCUGCUUUUACGGCGUUAUCCUUCCUGAGCUCCGGAAGUUGGACAAUAAGUCGAGAGCGCCCCAAGAGGAGCGAGGGACCGCUGCGUCUUUCCGUAGCUCCAAGAGCUUACAGUUACAAAGCCCGAUACAGCUGGAAUCUCGUUCAAGUGAACCAUCGAAGAAGGAUGUGAAGCCACGAUACCCAGGUCCUGAGAAGGAUGCAGGGUCGCCUGUCACUAGUUCUACACCUGCAAGGCGAAGAUUACCAGGUAAUCAUGGUCUCACUGCCCCCGUCAUGCUUGAGCCUGAGCGGGUGGCCGCAAAACUGCCCCAAUGGAGAGUAGUUAUUAAUUCGGCUACUUCCCAAUUAGCUACAUCGGGGGAAACCGCUCUGUCAGCUAAGCCCCAAACACCUAAAAACCAAACCCCUCCCCAGAAACGCAAGCAUGCCGACGAUGGGCAAACGCCCGGAGUCAAUCAAACUGCUAAGAGGCAGAGGAAGGGAUACGCUUCCAUAUCAGAAGUACCAUCUACCCCUGAUCCGUCACCUCGGCAUAGACGUCAGCCGUCAAUUGAAUUGGGUGAGCCCGUUCCAACAAGUGCGGAGAAGUCUGUAGAAGGCGUUUCUGUGUCAACCUCGAAAGCUUUGGUCGAGGUGGUCAAAACUCCUGUCAAAAAGGCCGCGGGAAAGCCCACAAAAGCGGGCCAAAUCGUCAAAAUAUCCGAAACUCCGGCCAAGUCACCCAAGGGACCAACCCCAGACAAAAAGCCACCUUCCAAGCCGACGCCACCCAAGUCCACUCUAGCCAAGUCUCCCAAGACCAGGAAGUCAAGACUCUCCUACGAGAAUAUGAGCACUCAGGCCAUCUUCAACGCCGAGAUUGACCAAGAAGCAUUUUCAACGGAGAUGAAUUUUGGUUUUCCAUGGCUAGAAGAUGAUGAGCAAGUGCCCAGCAAGCCCGCAAAGUCCACCGCCCUUGCCCGCGUCGAUACCCCCGGGUCCAAGGCCUCCGGAGCAAAAGUGCCGGAAUCUGCGAGUAAAACCGCCACGGAAACAGACAAGGCUGGGAUCGAGGAGAUGCAUCGCUACCUUGACUACUGCGAAAAGAAAUUCGGCCUCCCGGGAUCCGAAGUGAUCCAAGCCGUCGAACGCACCUCCGGUGUCAAAGCCAACAUAGAAAUCCUUCUCAAGGCGAUCUCAAAAGGUGAAGAACCGGCGGAUAUUCCAGGCAUUUGGGACAAAGGGGAUGAUGAAGUCCUCAUGGGUUCCGAUAGCCGAAGGAUGAAGGAGUUGUCGGACCGGAAGGGGGACGCGGAGAUUAUGAGACGGAUGAAUUUCCUGAAUUUGUGGAAUUUGGCUUAGUUACUUUUUUUUCUUUUCUUUUUUCUUCAGGCUUCGCGCUUGUCUUUUCAACAUUAUAACUAUCUUCAUGUUCUAUUCUUUUUUUUUCCCUUUCCUUUUUUUUGCUUUCUUCUGUUACAAAUUCUUCUUCUGGCUGGAGUUUGGUGAUGAUGCUUUGGGCACAAAAAAUAAUUUUUGAUGUCAUGAUAUCCCUACUUUUCACACCAUUUCAUAUUCAUUUUCUUUCUUGCGGGAGCUCUUUCUCGGAAUGCUGUUGCUCUCCCAAUGCACAACCAAAGCACUACCGUAUCACUGGGCUAUUAAGGUCGAGUCAAGACCUGACUUGCCUCCUCGUGCCGAAUAUACUGUACUUGCGUAUUUUAUACUGUACUCGUACUGUACAAUAUCCUUAUCCUCAACUAUCAUGAUACAUAAACACCUAUGACAUGGCACUACAACACAAUAGAGCAAUAAAACAUG